AUCACACCUAGGGGCGAUUUAGAGUCUCCAAUUAAUGUAUGUUUUUGGGAUUUGGGAGGAAACCGCAAUGCCUGCAGAAAACCCACGCAGACAUAGGGAGAACAUAAAAACUCAACACUGGCGGGGCUGGGAUUGAACCCGGGUCUUCAGAACUGUGAAGUCAACGCUCUGACCAGUUACAACACCGUGCUGCCUUGACUAACUGAUUUUCAUUUUAAAAAAAUACACGUUUUAUUCAUACAAAAUUAUUGUUUUUUAUAUUUAUAAUUAUGUCACUUUGACCAAAAAUGUUUUAACUGGAUUAAACUAAGCUACUCUGCAUUAAAAAAAUGUAUGAUCUUAAAUGGUGAAUAUCGAUAAGCAUACUCCAAACACAUCAUUGCAAAGUAUACUUUGAUGACAUGAGUCCAGAUGACUACAUGACAUGUAGGAGGUGAAAGUCAAGGUUUUGUUUUUACUUCAGUAUCACUUCUACGUAGAGGAACAACAUUGGGAAAAACAAAUAGUACUUCCACCUUUGAUAUUGCUCAGUCCCUCCAUUACGUUGCACUUAGAGAAGUGAAAUGAACAGACAACGAAAAGGCGUACACUCUGGUCAACCCCGAAGACAAAGAGAGAGAGAGAGAGAAAUUCCCAAGAUGAAGCUGGGGUCUUCCCUAAUUUGUUCUUCAUCUCUUUAUAAGGUGAAUGCAAACUAUGUACACUGACAGUUGAGAAAACUUACUGAAGCAGAUUUAAACAUAUACACUUCAAGAUGACUUCUCACUUUCCUCUGUCUGUGUUGAUGAUGCUGCUAGUAGCCAUCACUUUAAGUGAAGGUUUGCGAGGUUCUGGACCAAAGGAUUGUUGCUAUCACUUCAAUAAGAACCCUAUUCCUCAAAAAAGGGUAGUCAGUUAUGUUAAGACUCCACAGCAGUGCCCCAUUCCUGCUGUGAGACUGAAGACAGUGAUGGGUCGUUACAUGUGUGCAAGGUCUUCAGCCUCUUGGGUGAAAGACAUCAUCAACACUAUGGAUUCCAAAGUACUGCUAGGAAAGGCAACAAAUUUGUAA